AUGAUUAAAGAGCUCGAUGAAGAGGAACCUUUCGAGGAUGAGGUUCAUGAUGCCCCUACCACACUAGAAGUUGAGGAGCAAGUGAUUGUAGAUAAAUUAGAAGAACUCAACUUGGGCACAGGUGAAGACCCAAGACCUAUCUUCGUUAGUACGUUUUUGAACCCUAGCGAAGAGGAAUUAGAUCAUCAACUGCUACUUGAGUAUAAAGAUGUUUUUGCUGGACGUAUAAGGAGAUGCCAGGCCUCGAUCCAAAAAAUUGUUGUCUAUCACCUUGCAGUUAAGCCUGGGACGUGUCUAAUAAAAAAAACUCAAAGUCGCUUCUGCCCGGAGCUUCUAGGCUAG